AUGCGAAUAUCUUUUACACGAUCAAGCAGUUCCAUUCCUUCAUGGGAGGACAAUGACUGGCUCAGGAACCAUGGAUAUCAGUCUCCCUUUGACAACUAUCUUAUACUUCAAUGGAUCGCAUGUAUCACUGUCGACCUUGGCUUCUUUGGCUUUCUAUAUCACUUUGUCAAUGGCGAUCCAGUGAUGGAUAAUACCCGUGCGCUGGUAUCAGCAUGGAACCCAGAAUUAUCAACCAACACUCUCUUGUAUACCCCACGUUGGCCAUGGAGUUGGCAGAUAUCCUUUUUUCACUCUUGUGUAUGCGCUUAUUUACUCCUUGGUUCUGAUAUUGUCAUCUUUGUCAAUGACCAAUGUUAG